CCCGAGGAACUUCCGGCUUCGGUUUAACGUUCCAUCGGAUCUUCCAUGCCCUGCUCGUCGCAUUUUCGCUUCUCAAUCGCGCCCCACGAUCUUGAGAACCUGCCCCCUUUCCGGAGCUUCGUCGUCGUUCGAUGCACUCGCUUGCGUGAAUGUCAGCCAAACCAAAAAUUCGUAGCUUCGAGAAACGGAAGUUGCGUAUCCGUUACGUGAUGCCGGCGGCGCACUUGACGCUGCGGGAGGAGGACGUGGUGAGGUUGACUCUCGAGUUUCUUCACGGUCGUGAUCUCCACAUUUCGCAGUUGUCCCUGGAGCGUGAGACCGGUGUUAUAAACGGUCAGUACAGCGACGACGUGUUGUUUUUGCGUCAGUUGAUAUUGGACGGACAAUGGGACGACGUGUUAGAGUUUAUCCAGCCGUUGGAGGCGUUGCCGGAUUUCGAGAUGAGAAAAUUCACGUAUUCGAUACUGCGGCACAAAUACGUAGAGCUCUUGUGCAUUAAAUCCGAGGCGAAUUUGAUCGUGGCCGGUACGAACGGGAGCGUUGACAACGCGGUCGAAGAGGUUGUCAAGGUACUGAGUGACCUUGAAAAAGUAGCGCCAACGAAAGACGAGUACAGUUCUCUGUGUCUACUCCUGACGUUGCCAAGAUUGACCGAUCACCUGCAGUACAAAGAUUGGAACCCGAGCAACGCCAGAGUCCAAUGUUUCCGGGAGGUGCAUCCGCUCGUCGAGAAGUUUUUGCCGGGGGAUCGUAAAUCCUCGGAGCCUGGAAACCCGCCGAGUUCUGCGAAGAACGACCGCCUCAUACAGCUCAUAAUCAAAGGAAUACUGUACGAAUCCUGCGUUAAUUAUUGCCAAGCCAAAGCGACCGGUUCGAAGGAGUCUGAGCAGGUGGAAAUGAGCUUUUCGAGGCUGCUCGAUGGCUCCGUCGGCUUCAGCGAUUCGGACCUCAGCCUGCUCUCCUGGCUGCAGAGCAUUCCACCGGAAACAUUCGCUGUGCCCUUUGCUCAACGGACUCUCAACGUCGAUGUCGAGAGGCUCGAAAAGCCCUCCCUCGAAACUUCCUGGACCGAACACAUGCUCAUCACUCCCAUAAAACCAAAGACCUUCCCCCAUAGUGCUAUGCCCUUCACGAGGCCAAGGUCAGCCGCCGAUAUGAUGUCUCGGAGCCUCGUACCGGCCCUCGAAGCUGGCCUGGGCCCCCGCAGCCCCGGACCUAAAAAUACUGUUCUACCUUCUGCCGCUCUCAUGGCACUUUCCACCGGCGACAUAAAUCCAAUGUCUCGAUCGUCCUUCGCCAGCUUCCAUCUGACCGGCUUCAAAAAUAACAAACUCAUGAACACCAGCGUCGACCGACUCUUCGAAAACGAAGGCGACGUCUUUUUGAGCUCGAGCUACGCCGAGUUCCAACAAUUACCAUCCAUUCAGGAAACCAUCAGUGCUGCUGCCGCACAACCUAAAGCUCCCCCGAGAACGAGAGGACAAUCCAAGAGCCCGGAUGGUCUCAAGGCAGAUCCAUCGGCAGCUUCGACGCCCGAGCGUCGAUUGCCAGGUCGCGAAUCCCCGGCUCCCUCGACCGCGCGAAGUUCCCGGCGAGAUUCCCUCGCGGACAAGCCAACGGGGAUCGCUGCCAAAAUACCGGAACCGACCCCCGUUCCCCCACGAUCAACCGCUCUCUCCGGUGAACCCCUCGAGCAAAGUUACAACGGCGACUUGUGCAAGGAAUACCAAAAACAAAAGCAACGACUCCAGGAAACGAUCCAGCAAAAAGAACGAGAACGGGAUGAACUCGUUCGUCAAUUGUCUGCUCCUUUGACUACGACGCAGAUCGCUGACAAUAGAUUACAAAACGACGGUACCAAAGCGAAUUUGGAGAGCAAAGGUCCCUCCCCGGUUCACUCGAGCACGCCGCACAGAUCGGGAAUCCAAUCGCCGAAGCUCAAUGGAUCGGAAACAGUACUUCGACAAAACUCAACACCGAGCAGUGUUUACGACUCGAGGCUCCCGGAAGGCCAUUACGAUAUCGUCAAGUCAGCAAAGCCAGAACCUCGACCUGAUCUUGAGACGAGUAACGGAAGCAGCAACGGUGGACGACCACGAUUCGUACCAGUAACAGCCCUCGAAGAUGUUCAAGCCGUUCGUUGCGCCGAAUUUCAUCCCCACGGAAAGUUGUACGCUGUUGGUUCCAACUCGAAAACACUUCGGAUAUGUUCAUAUCCGAAGCUCCACGAUGUCAGGGAAGACCAUCAGACGUACCAGCCGACCGUUCUUUUCAAGAGAACGAAGCACCACAAAGGCUCGAUAUAUUGCUUGGCGUGGACUCCCGAUGGGCAGCUCAUGGCGACCGGAAGUAACGACAAAACUGUCAAACUCAUGCGUUUCAAUGCUGACACUUCGAAUCUUGAAGGACAAGAAGUUGAAUUAACGAUGCACGAUGGAACAGUUCGAGAUUUGUGUUUCCUCGAAGACACGUCAAACAAAUCGAGUCUUCUGAUAAGCGGUGGAGCCGGAGAUUGCAAAAUCUACGUAACGGAUUGCGCGACCGGAACACCUUUCCAGGCUCUCAGCGGUCACAGCGGACACGUGCUCACCCUUUAUAAUUGGGGUGGUGCAAUGUUCGUCAGUGGAUCACACGAUAAGACUGUGAGAUUUUGGGACUUGAGGACAAGAGGAUGCGUCAACAUGGUUACACCAGCCACAGUUCCGGGGAGCAGGAAUCUAAUACCUUUGCAGGUUGGCAGUCCCGUCGCAGCGCUUUGUGUCGAUCCUUCCGGUAGACUUUUGGUUUCCGGUCACGAGGACAGCAGUUGUGUUCUCUAUGAUAUGAGAGGUGGAAGGACUGUCCAAUGCUUCAAACCACACGCUGCUGAUAUCAGGAGUAUUCGCUUCUCUCCGUCGGCUUAUUAUCUCCUUACCGGAGGCUACGACAACAAGCUCGUUCUCACCGAUCUACAACGCGAUCUGACAAUGCCACUGCCGAGUGUGGUUGUUGCGCAGCAUCAGGAUAAAGUAAUCUCAGGGCGUUGGCACCCGACGGAAUUCUCGUUUCUCAGUACUUCGGCGGACAAGACAGCGACGCUCUGGGCAUUGCCGCCAGUUUAGAACGAUCAUCAGAAAAAAUCUCGAUGUCUUAUUUAUUCUUCACGUUUUCCUUAAAAACGAAAAAAAAAAACAAAUACAAAACAACGUACUUUCUCUCGAACAAAAAAUCAAUGGCGAACAUGUGACGAGAAUCGAUUACAGGGAAAGAUCCGAAAACUUUUUUCUAUUAUUAGUAUUAAUUUUUUAAUAGUAACACGGGGAUUCGAUGGAGGGUGGAAAAAUGAUAAAACGCACAACCAAUCAAAAUCCCUGAACAAUUUGACCACGUCGAUUGAAAGACAAAAUUUUCGAUUUUUGAAAUCCCAGGAAUGUCUUUGUUUAAUCGAAAUCCAGAAAAAUUUAAUUCAACGUGGAAAGAGAGCAUUGCAGAAACAAACUGUUCAUGAAUAAUCUGUAGAAGUUUUUAAUUCAGUAAGAUGAAAAGCAAUUUCAAAAUUCUCGUUGCUUUUGCAUGGGGCCCCGCCUUAAUUGGUAUAACUGACUUAGUGAAAAAUGAUACUGCCUCGUAGGCAGUGUUCAUUUUUUAAUUUAUUUUCUUGUUAACUUCGUUUAUAAUAAAUUCGUCGAUAUUCAUCGCAACGGAUUAGCGAAAGACAAUUCAAUUGAUCAGCCAAUUCGAGUCAGUCAUUCGUCGAUUGGCGAUCGACCUUUGUCGACACGACAUUCAUUUUCCAUUAUUUUAAUAUUAAUAACGAGUUUUCAUCUCAUAAAUAAAAUUUAAAAAAAACACGCAUCGAAACAGAUAUUACACAUGUAAAUAAUUGUAAGUUGUAAGAGCAAGAGUCUAAGAGGGAGGGAGAGAGAAAGAGAGAGAGAGAGAGAGAGAGAAAAGGUAAACGUUUCGGGAGGCUGGAGUCCCACUUAUGUACAGUCACGUUGAUUUUUCUCGCCUUUACUUUAAUACUCUUUAUUUAAUUAUUUUUAAUAUAUACACACUUAUAAAUAUUUUUAAAUAUUAUUAUCAUAGUUAUUGUUAUUAUUAUUAAUAUUUUUAUUUUCUAUCUAAUGCGAUAAUUUCUCUUAUCAACCCCCGAUACUCGAAAACAUUUAUGAAUGUAUUGCGUUUCACGACAAGCCCCAUGUUCUCAUUUAUUAAAAAGAUACAACAGCAACAACAAUAAUGGAAAAAAAGAAAUGAAAAUUCAUCGUUUAACGAUUCACGAGUCACGCCAAAUAUACUAAAGUAUAUAAUGAUUUAUAAAUAUAGAUAUAUAAAUAUACAUAGAUAACAUACGUAAAGUAAGAAUGAACUCAGCAAAAUUUUGCAAAAGUUUCUCAUCAGUUGCCAAUCGGAAGUCUCAUGAAUGAGUCUGUUUUUGAGAUUGACACGUGGUUGUUAUUUUUAUUUUUUGUUGUUCAUUUAACAAGACGACUUUGGAAUAUUUUUGUACAAUGGAAAAGGUGCGAGGGGAACAAGAAAGUUGGAAAUUUGACAUCGUUGGAAUAAUAAAACUAAUUGUUUAUUGAUUUUUUUUUUAUUUCGGUGUGCAAAUGUGAUUCAUGAGGUCCUUCGAAUCGAUUGGCAACUAAUCGGAGCUGAGCGAGAUAAAAAUAAGAUUUUGCGCUGGGGAGAAAAUUCUCGGCAAUUGAGAAAAGAAAAAUAAAAUAAAAAAAAAAGCAUGUAACGUUAUUUUUUACGUGUGAAAAGUGACGUCGCAAUUUUAGCGGAUCAAAGGAAGCUUAAAAAGAAAGAAAAAUAAUGAAAAAUGAAUAUACAAAUGAGAAGAUGGAGCAAGAGAUGAAAAAGUAAUGGCUUCCCCUCUCUCAGGUUGUUUCGCAUGUCGUGCAAGAGCUUGCUUCUCUCGAUCGCGUAUUAUUAUAUAUAAACAACGCGUUUUACACGCUCGAGCGUAAUAUUUUUUUGAAACGUUAGUGCGUGAAAAAGCUGCUAGAGCUUUUGUAAUCGUACCGAGUGUAAGAACGAUGAAAUAAAACAAAAUGGAGGGACAAAGAGAAAGGAGAUUAAAUGAGAGAGUUACGCGCGCUUCGUACAACAAAGCGGUGAGAGGAAAAAAAUCGUUGGAUAACCGAAAGUCAUUAAUUGUCGUACGUUUAAAGGGCCGAGGUGCAAUAAAGUACUCCGAAACGCACAGCCCUUGCGAGCAUCGACAAACUACUGAUUUAAUUGAACUCACUGAUCGAGCAAAAUAAUCAAUUUUUUGCAACGGCAUACACGGAACUCGUGUGCGACUGCAAAAUAAAAUGUAAUCGCUCUUGUAUUCAAAUUCAUAUUCCACACGAUCAAAAACCGAACAAAUACCAAUCCUCACCUUUUUUCCUCCCAUGACGUAACCACUUGAUGAAAAAUCAUUAUUUUUAACGAAAACGUUGAACAAAUAUAUCGCGUAGCACUGGAAUUUUUUAGAAAGACAUUGCUAAAAAUCACCUACUUUUUGUGCCUCGUAUUAGCUUCCAAAUGACAAUUAUUUUUCUAUACUCUUCCUUCCUUCCUUCCUUCGCCUGCUCCCCCGCCUCUUUUUUCCCCCAGUUAAACUUCAUUUUUUCAUACCAACCCGAACAUCGAAACCGUUAUUGCUCCCUCGACAGCCCAACAUUACCGUAAUAUCGUCAAUUCUUUUCAUAAUCGUUGAAGAUUAUUACAAAAUGAAAGAUUAAAAACUCACCGCUAAGUACCUAAAUCAUUAUUACCAUUACAAGAUUACUACCACAUAAUAACUUAUAACUUUGUACUUUUCCUGUAGAUAUAGGACGUAACAUUAUGACCUUUAAUUUAAACAAUAAAAAAUACGUUAUCGGA